GGGGGAUUUGUGCUCUAGCUAGCUGCUAGAUGGAAGUGACGCCGCGCCACCAUCCAUGAUGAUCCCGAGAGCUGAGUUCAAUUACCGCGCGCUGGUCGUCGUCCUCCCCGCCGGCGCCGUCGUCGGCGUCAUGCUGUACCUCGCCGGAGCACGCUGGGUGCUCCUGCUCCUCGCCGCGGUCACGGUCCUCCUCUGCCUCCAGCUAUCGGCCAGGGACAACGCCGUCGAUGGCGCCGCCGCCGCCGCCGCUGCCGCAGGCCCAGCUCAAACAGCUGAUCUCCCGCUGCAACAGCCGGCGGCGCUCCCGCGCGAGGCGCCCGCAGAAGGUGAUCUGCGUGGGCUUGGCGCGUCGUCGUCGCCGGUCUUCGUCGUCGCCGUCCUGCCGGCGUACGCGUGGAGGAAGAAGGCCGCCGUCGACGGCGACGACGGGGACGGCGAGUGCGCGAUCUGCCUCGGCGAGGUGCGGCGAGGGCAGGUGGUGAAGCAGCUGCCGGCGUGCACGCACCUGUUCCACGCGAGGUGCAUCGACAAGUGGCUGAUCACGUCGCAGGGGACUUGCCCGGUGUGCCGGACUCCGGUGGACUCCGCCGCCGCCGCCCUGCAAGCCGUGAGAGUUGCCGAUCAGCCACCGUAGGAAUCGUUAGGUCUUUUUUAAGACCCAGGUGCAUUUGCACCACAUGAUGUGCAUCAAUAUUCGAACGUACAUCCCGGGACUUCUCGGCUGUCUCCACAAGUGACCAGUGUCUUGUACUAUAAUUUAGACUUAAUCUUGUUGCUUAUCUUUAGUGUGAGUUGUAAAUUAGUGCGUGCACGAGUUAGCUUGAUCAAGAAAGUGUUAGCCUAAAACCGGAAGACGUUGGCCUAACCGAGAGAAAGCCUUAAGCUCAAAAGCCGCUCAAGAGGUGAGAGACUCCCCCCACUUUAAAGUUGGUUUA